AUGCCUCCACGAAUACCACCGCCUCCGGCGAGCCUCGCCGUCCCUGUUCCAUCACUGCACACUCAUUGCCAUGCAUGCCUCCGCCGAGCCUUCAGUGCGACUCCGGCCGCCGCCGGCCGCACGAGACCCAAGACCGAGAUGUACGCCUGGCUUGCUACUGCUGGUCAGAACUUCAAACAACCUCAGUCAGGCUACCAGACCAACUAUCUCACACAAUACGCGAAGACUUCCAACUAUGCCCGCCGCAAUCCUGGGGACAAGAAGGGAACGAUACGCACCAAUGGACAGCAGAGUCGUCGAGAUUCUCAAGAAACCGAUGAUACAGCUGCUCUCAACGAGGCCGCCGAGGACGACUCACCAGCGAAUAGCGGGUUUGAAAAGCGGCCCUUCCCCUUGAACAGGGACUUCUACUCGCAGAGCGUCCUCUCAGAGUCCUUGCGGAAUGAGGUCUACAAGCGAGUAGCCAAGGACAAGCAAUCUGUGCGGCAGGUGUCAGCGGAGCUUCAUAUCGACAUGCGCCGAGUCGGUGCCGUAGUACGUCUAGUCGAGAUUGAGAGGCGGAUGCGCGCUGAGCGAAAACCACUCGCCCUCCCCUACGCCGCCUCAAUUCACACCAUGGUCCCCCUAACCCCCCUAACCACUCCUCCAACAACCCACGAAAGCAUAAACGACCUUCCCCACCACCCCCUGACCGCGCCCCAAAUCUUCUACCCAACCUCCGAAUCCCGCGCCUUCAACCGCACCGACGCAGGCCGCGUCUUCUCCGCCGCCCCGCGCCUCCCAGACUCCCACGACGUCGGGCAGGGCGGCACCCCGAAACAACAGCCCUGGCAGGACACCACCGUCGAACUCAUCGGCAAGAAACGCUUAGGAUUGGAAACCCCGGUCCUAAAACCCGCCGACGCGCGCAUCCCGCAUGGCCACCUGGUCAAGCUCGAAGCCGACAUCGCCGCGUCCCGAAAUCCCGACCGAUUCUUCGGCACCGGCACCGCACUCGCACAAGCCACCGAAGGCCAGGAUUCGAAAUUCACCCCAGCGCAGAUUCAAGAACGCUACGAGGCGCGUCUGAAAGCAGACGAGGACGCGCGCGCGGCGAUGUUUGCGCGGAAGGAGGCGAGGGCGGAGGCGAGGAGGACGAGGGUUGAAAAGGGGAAAUGGGAGUUUGUGGUGACGGAUGUGGUUGCGGAUGAUGGGCUGGGGGCUAAGAUGGGUCAGGAUGGGAGGGUGGGGAUCAGGUAUGGUGUGCCGAGUCAGGAUCGGAAGAGGGGGAAUGUUAAGAUUCCGAGGCGGGUUGAUGUGUAG